AUGGAGCCUCUGAAAGGGUAUCUCCUAAAAGCUGGUGCUGGGCCAGUUAUGCCAAACAAUACCGACUCGGAUAAUAGCUUGGCUUCUUUAUACCUCAUCGCUUGGAAAGUCAGGGAUCCGGAAGGCGUCUUUCACAAAUUCCCAAUUACUCGUGACGACGUUGCCAAUCGUGUGCCGCUAUCCUUACCCAAUUCAGUCACUGUCCUGUCAUGGACCGUUGAAGAUUCUAUUCCAGAUAUUUUGGAAGCCAUCUUUACAUGCUCUGCAAUUUACAUCAGGGACGAGUACACGGUCAUGUUGUCUGCACUCUUCAAGGCUCUCCAUGAAUCUGGAGGCGAUGCGUUUGGAUAUCAUCGAAUCGAUGUCAGAACACUCCAAGAUAAGUAUCCGCCUGUCAACCCAUUCAAGGAACUGCAGGUCCAGAAGGUUCUCUGGGCCAAAGCGCCUUGCAUUGUUGUCACCGGAACACCAGGAAUUGGGAAGAGCUUAUUCCUGUACUACAUUCUCGCCUUGCGUCUCCUCGCGCAGAAGUCAACUGUCUUGCUUUAUAGGAAAGGACGUUGCCUUAUUUUCCAUGAGUGUGGAGUAUAUUCCAUGACACUUGAUCAACUGGAAACUGUGGUUGGUCUCUUGCCAAUGGAAACUUGGUUUUUGGUCGAUAGCAAUGAAGACGUCGGUCCCGCACCUCAUUUCCUUUUCAAGAGCUGCAGGACAACUCCUCGGCUCAUUGUUGUCGCAACGUCACCAAGGUCAGAACGGAUGACGUUUAGAGAGGACUUACAAUCUCCUCGACUUUGGAUGCAUCCUUUCAAAGAGAAGGAGCUCUACGAAGCGAUGGGUACACAGGUCAGACGGUGGAAAGAAAUACAGCUAAGAGCAUUUUACGAGAAAUUCGGCCCCAUGGCGCGUGAAGCAUUCGUUUUUGCUGGAAUCCCGGAUCGGUACUUAAGGGUCAUUCAAGAGAAGCUUGGUCCUGCUUCAUCACAAAACCUUCGAAAUGGAAUUGGCCAGGUGCCCUAUGGUUAUUUCGAAACCUCUUUAUCCCACAAAGUGCUUGUUGCGUACCCUACGGAUGACAGUGAUCGUACUGAAUUCAAUGUCGCGAUCCCGACAAGAAAGCUCGCAGAUUUAACCAUUAGUCGCCUUUUGGAGGAGGAGAACAAGCAAGAAGCUAGAGCGAUCUGUACCUUAUUCCUACUAAACCAGAAGACAAGGGCCAUUGCUGGCCAUCUGCUGGAGUCAUUUGCCUUAAGGGUAUUUCCGGACGGUGGUCAAUGGGGCAUGACAAAGAUGGAUAGAACUGACGCACCACCAAAAAAUUCUCACUGGAAACGCAACCCUGCAGGCGAGGAGCACGUCCUUCACAUCGGACACAAGGGUGUAUUUUUGCAGAUACUUCAGGAUGACCCUGAUGCAUUGGCCUCGGGAACCUUUGUUCCCGUGGGUUAUCGUUAUUUUAAAAAAGAUAGUCCGCCGCCACAGGAGAUCGGGUUUUAUACACCAGUUGCAGCAAAUCAGCCUACCUUCGGCGCGGUUGCACGUGUCAACGACGCAGCCAAGCCUUUUGUCAUUUUCCAAAUGACGUGCGCUAAAACCCAUAAACUUAACUCCAUUGGCCUGAACUGGCUGGGACAAGGUAAAGUGGACGUCAUAGUUGUCACAAGCUGGGAUGGUGGAGAGGAUAUAGAGGUGCCUGAGCAGAUAGCAGAUAAAGUGGCAGAUGUAUAUCGUUUAGUUUUGUUUCCAAGGCCCUGA